AUGAAAUUGAAGCUGAUUGUGAAUGGGUACGAGUCCCAAGAUGAUUACAAACUGCUGAGGACCACUUUAUCGACGGUAGCGUCAUUGAGAAAGACAGCAGUGUUGCGGUUCACCAGCGAGCGGCUGGUAAUCAUAUCGACUCCACGGUCAUCAGGCUCUAGCAACAGCACGGUACUAUAUGGAGAUACGGGGCAAAUAUGGUGCACAAUUCCAAGGGAUUUGUUUAAGCUGUAUACUGUUACAUCGGCACGAGAACUAAACACCAUCACAAUGGAGUACAAUUGCGAUUCGUUGGUCACCGUCUUCAAGCGAUAUGAUCGAGCGAUGAGCCAAGGAUGCUCAUCUGACAUGACGAUAAAGCUGCAAUCUAUGCCAGAGUGGAAUGCGGGCGGCGGGCUGGCCAGCAACAGCUCAAGCAGUAGGGUGAACCCUGUAUGUGCCCUGGGAAUCACCUUUGAAGAGAUCCUACAUGCUCCUGCAUGCAGCGGCGCUGAUUACGAGAGCGGAUCCAUGGGCGAUAGUGCGAAAGUGGGAUAUAUGAGUGACAAGACCGUGUUGCAUUCGUUCAGGAUUCCGGUCAGAUUGCUGUUCAAAGCUCAGGAUGCCCGAAUACAAGAACCUAUGAUAAACUAUUCAAAUCUGAUGAUGUGCAAACUGCCGCCGCAUUCUGGUGAGUUUGGAGCUGGAUUCUCUAACUUCAUCAAGAGGGUGGAAAGGUACACCAGUAUUCGUCACAUAAAGCUAAGCGGCUCUCGCAAGGAAGGCGGCUCAACGAGCCAGGACCCUCAGUUGAAGAUUGUAGUUAAUCAGCUUGAUUGGCAUUUGGAAUUGUGCUGGAAUGGCCCUCUAGACGCUAUAGUGCAACAGGAGAUACCGAAUGAGGUCCAAGAGACGCCACAACGAGUGCCCGAUGAUGAUAGUAUGGCUGUGGAAGAUAGCGAAGGUAAUAAAACUAAUGAUGGUGUGGAUGUAGAACUGGUGGAUGUGUCAGCGAUGGUAGAGCGGGCGGAGAGAGAAAGCUCGCUGGUGAAUGAAGUCUUCAUGCGAUGUAAGGAUUGGAAGGUUUGCCACAAGUUGUAUGGAGCAUUUGAAGAAGUCGUCCUGGCGAUAUCUCACGACGAAUCAUGCGUGUUACACUGUUCGCUGGAUCGUGGAAGCCGUGGAGACGACGGCACCUCUGGCGAACCAAAAGAGAGGGGUCAAAUUAUAUACUAUAUUGCAAGAUCUAAACCGCUAUAG